AUGACUAUCUCAUGCUCGCUGGAUCUUUUCAUGGUCCCACCCGUCCGCGCGCCGCCUCCCUCUACCACCACACCGAAUCUCCAGACCUUCCCUGUCCGCGCAACCGGUAUCGAGGUCCUCGAAAGCUCACACUUCCGCAUCCAAUGUUUCCAAACACAGACCGGUGUCAAAUUCUUGCUCUUCACUGAGCCCCAGCAACCGAAUGUCGAUACUAUGAUGAAGAGGAUAUAUGAAUUGUAUGCGGACUACGUCAUGAAGAAUCCGUUCUAUACCGUUGAGAUGCCGAUUCGGUGCGAGAAGUUCGAUCGGGGGCUGGAUAGCUUUGUCAAAGUCAGAGGGGGUUGA